AUGAAGACACUGCCAGUCAUGCUUAGAAUUGGGAAAUUGUUUUGGGCCCUCUUCCUAAGCCCUCAUCUAGACAUCUGGAGCAUUCACGGGGAAGAAUCAUGUGAAGUACAACUUUACAUUAAGAGACAAUCCUUACACUUUGUCUCAGUGGGAAAGUCCUUUCAACUUGAAUGCCCUGUGAAAUACUGUAAUGACAGGCCUAAUGUGACUUGGUGCAAGCUCAAAGGGACAAACUGUUCAGAUUUUGGAGACAGAUUUCAGCACACAAGUUGGGAAGAAAAGAAGAAUAUUUCAGUUUUUAUUCUACAUUUUGAACCAGUGCUUCCUAGUGACAAUGGGUCAUAUCGCUGCUUUGUGAAUCUUUCAUCUAAACUCAUUACAAGCCACUCAACAGCCAUUAAUGUGAUAGAUCCAUCCAGUGCCUCAGCAAGACCCUCCGAGGAAGAGAUGGCAAACAGACCUUGGCUCUUUUAUAGUUUGCUUGCUUUGGGGGGAUUACUUCUACUCAUUACCUGUUCCUGCCUGCUCUUCUGCCUGAGAAGGCACCAAGGGAAACAAAAGAAGCUCUCCGACACAGCCAGAGGGGAAAUUAACCUGGUUGAUGUUCCCCAGCUUUUUAAGAGUGAGCAAAUGGAAGAGGGCACUGGACAAAAUUCUCAAACAUUGCCAUCAGAAACUGGAAUUUAUGAUAAUGACCCUGAAACUUGGUUCAGAAUGCAGGAAGAGUCUGAAGUUUAUUCUCAGCCAUGCCUAGAAGAAAACAAGCAGGGUAUUGUUUAUGCUUCCCUGAACCAUUCCAUCAUUGGAAUGAAGCCCAAACAGGCAAGAAAUAUACAAGAAACACCGACAGAAUAUGCCUCCAUAUGUGUGAGAAGUUAA